UCAACACUGCAAUUGUCUUGCAAGGCAAUAAAAGAACAAAGAGAGAAUAAACACGGAAGUUAAAACGUAAGAAGGCAAUGGGGAGCGAGAACGAGCCAGCGAAACUCCUUUUACCGUACCUGCAAAGAGCCGAUGAGCUACAGAAACAUGAAACUCUCGUCGCUUAUUACUGUCGAUUAUAUGCGAUGGAGAAAGGAUUGAGGAUUCCACAAAAUGAACGGACUAAGAUCACUAAUUCUCUCCUUAUUUCUCUCAUGAAUCAGCUCGAAAAGGAUAAGAAAUCAUUGAAUUUGGGACCUGAAGACAAUCUGUAUCUUGAAGGAUUUGCCUUGAAUGUGUUUGGGAAGGCAGACAAACAAGAUCGUGCUGGACGAGCUGAUUUGAAUACUGCAAAAACAUUUUAUGCAGCAAGCAUAUUCUUUGAGAUCAUAACUCAAUUUGGUGCGCUUCAGCCUGAUCUUGAGCAGAAACAGAAGUAUGCAGUUUGGAAAGCUGCAGACAUAAGGAAAGCUCUGAAAGAGGGAAGGAAGCCCAACCCAGGCCCACCUGCUGAUGAUGAAAAUCUAUCAAUUCCAUCAAGCACACCUAGUGGUGGAUAUGAUCUUGGACCAAGUGAAUCUGCAGCUAGCAAUGCUCGUCCAGAAUCUGCAGCUAGCAAUGCUCGUCCAGAAUCUGAUCCAUCACCUCAGUUCCACGAUCAAGUUAAUGAUGAGCCCUAUACAAACAUUCCACCAUCCCCUCUGUUCCAUGAUAAGGUAAACAACCACCAUUCUGCACACGUUCCACCACCAUCUCUGUUCUAUGACUCAGCUAGCAACCAACAUUCGACAGACACCCCUCCACCUUCUUUUUACCCUGCUGCUGGCUAUCCUUCACAUGAUUUUCAUCCACCUCCUCCAGCAAGCAGAUCAGAGAAUUCUGCAUAUGCUCAACCAUACCACCAUCAAUCCAACUCGCAAGAACCUCAACCACAUUUGCCACAAAAUUACCAAUCUCAUGAACCUUCCUCAUACUCUUAUCCCAACUUCCAGUCUUAUCCAAGUUUCUCAGAGAGUAGUCUCCCAUCAGUACCAUUACAUCACCCAUCAUACUAUCAGGGUUCUGAUUCUUCACACAGCCCCCCGCCGGCCCCUCCCACAAGCAGCUAUUCAUCAACUCCACAGUACCCUUCAAGCAGCAUAAUGAGGGCCAACUCGGAUCCUGCAUCAACUUCUGCUAAGACAUACCAAUAUGACAACAAUUACCAACCACCUCCUGAGAAAAUUGUAGAGGCACACAAAGCUGCAAGAUUUGCAGUUGGAGCCUUGGCAUUCGAUGACGUGUCAGUUGCUGUGGACUACUUGAGGAAAUCACUUGAAUUGCUGACAAAUCCAUCAGUUGGUCAGUGAGUUUCUUUCUUAUUUUUUUGUGGGUUGGAUUCUGUGCUAUCAUUCGGUUUUGGCUUUUGUAUGGUGUGAACUUCAUAUGUAAAGUGGUCGGAUAUUUGCACCAAAGCUUUGCUGUUGAUCAUCUUGACCCUUUGAUGUGAAUGAAUGUUAAUGGCUAUUCUCUCUUCUUUGAAA